AUGGUCGCCGAAACAAAGCUAUACGAUUCGCUAAGCAUCGCGCCUACCGCGACACCCGACGAGAUCAAGAAAGCCUACCGCAAAGCCGCCCUGAAAUACCACCCCGACAAGAACAAAGACAACCCUCAGGCCUCGGAAAAGUUCAAGGAGGUCUCGCAAGCCUACGAAAUCCUCUCCGAUGCCGACAAGCGCAAGACCUAUGACCAAUUCGGUCUCGAGCUUCGGAGGCUUCCUGGAGCAGCAGGAGGGCCAGGCGGUGCAAAGUUCCACUUCUCGACGAGUGGUGGUGGCGGCAUGCCUGGUGGCUUCUCCUUCAGCAACCCCGAGAGCAUCUUUUCUGAGUUUCUCAGAGGUGGUGCUGGAGGUAUGGGAGGUGGUGGCAUGGGAGGAGACGAAGACGACUUCUUUUCAUCCUUCGGCAGUGCUGGUGGCAUGCCCGGCGGCUUUGGAGGCUCGUUUGGUGGACGCCCCGGCGCAGGCGCUCGUGCCCGUCCUAGCAUGAAUGGCGGCAUGCCCAGACGUCAACAAACACCCGAAGUUACCGUUGUCGAAAAGCCACUGCCCGUCUCCCUCGAAGAUCUGUUCACUGGCUGCACCAAGAAGAUGAAGAUUAAGAGAAAGACAUUCGACGAGCAGACCGGCAAGCAGUCGGUACAAGACCGCAUCCUCGAGGUUCCAAUCAAGAAGGGCCUCAAGCCCGGCAGCAAGAUCAAGUUUGCUGGAGUGGGAGACCAGGUCGAGGGAGGAGUUCAAGAUCUGCACUUUAUCCUUGAAGAGGUAAGAACGUACCAUUCACAAUUCAGACAUCAUGCUUGUACUAACAUUCAUCGCAGNAAAGAACACCCUCUGUACAAACGCGAAGGCGACGACAUCAUCCACAACGUCGAAAUCUCCCUGAAAGAAGCCUUGACCGGCUGGUCCAGAACCGUAAAGACCAUUGAUGGCAAGCAGAUAGGCGUCAGCUCUGGUGGCCCUACACCACCAACCUACAGAGAUCGCUACCCCAACCUAGGCAUGCCCAAGAGCAAGACGCCAGAUCAACGAGGCGACUUUAUUGUCGGCGUCAAGAUCCAAUUCCCUACAAGUCUGACACCCGCACAGAAGAACCAGCUCAAGGAGAUUCUGUGA